AUGUUUUCAAAAGCUGCUUCUAGAUCGUUCUCAUCAUCUGCUUCCAACGCUUACAAGGUUGCCGUUUUAGGUGCUGGUGGUGGUAUUGGUCAACCAUUGUCCUUGUUGUUGAAAUUGAACCACAAAGUCACUGAUUUGGCAUUAUAUGAUAUCAAAGGUGCUCCAGGUGUUGCUGCUGACGUCUCUCACGUUCCAACCAACUCAACUGUUAAAGGUUACAACCCAGAUCAAAUUAAAGAAGCUUUGACCGGUGCUGAUGUCAUUGUCAUCCCAGCUGGUGUUCCAAGAAAACCAGGUAUGACCAGAGACGAUUUAUUCAACACCAAUGCCUCAAUUGUCAGAGACUUGGCUAAAGCUGCUGCUGAACAUGCUCCAAAUGCUGCAUUGGCCAUCAUUUCCAACCCAGUCAACUCAACUGUCCCAAUUGUUGCUGAAGUUUUCAAGAAAAAGGGAAUCUAUAACCCAAAGAAAUUGUUUGGUGUCACCACCUUGGAUAUCUUGAGAGCUGCUAGAUUUGUUUCUGAAGUUGCCGGCACUAACCCAGUCAAUGAACAUGUCCCUGUUGUUGGUGGUCACUCUGGUAUUACCAUUGUUCCAUUGUUGUCACAAACCACUCACAAAGACUUGCCAACCGAAACCAGAGAUGCUUUGGUUAACAGAAUUCAAUUCGGUGGUGAUGAAGUUGUCAAAGCUAAGGAUGGUGCUGGUUCAGCUACCUUGUCUAUGGCACAAGCUGGUGCUAGAUUUGCCGGUUCAGUUUUGAACGGUUUAGAUGGUGAAAAAGAUGUCAUCGAAUGUACUUUUGUUGACUCCCCAUUGUUCAAAGAUGAAGGUGUUGAUUUCUUCUCAUCCAAGGUCACUUUGGGCGUUGAAGGUGUUAAACAAGUUCACGGUUUGGGUAACAUUUCAAGCUACGAAGAAGAUUUGGUCAAGACCGCUAAGGAAACCUUGAUCAAGAACAUCAAAAAGGGUGUUGAUUUUGUUGACCAAAACCCAUAA